UAGGAAAAAGCAGCGGAAGAUCAAGGAUUGGGCCAAGCAUCACAUCAAGUAUGUCGUGCAGUUCGCUCUUAGUGUGGAGCAAGCAAGGGCUGGAAAACGAGCCCAGCUUCGUGAGCACUGCCUGAUCGCGUUCAACAACUAUCUCACAUGGUUUCCUGCAAGUACCCACGUGGAGGUAUGCCAACCGGCGUAUGCUGAGGAGAUUCUGGAAGAACCCACCGUUUUUGAUGAGGUAGCCCAGCACCAGUACAACGCAUUAGUCAGGAAAGGCAACUCAGUGAUCCCUUCAGCUCCAAUGAUGAACUUUGUGCAUGCCCAGAUCAAGAAAGCAGCUGAUGAGACCGAGACUAUUCUGGAAACAACCCCGGCUGGCAAAAGCGAUGGGGAAGGUGCACUUCGAGCAUUCAUUAAGGUUCACAUCUCCUUCAAACUAGCACUUAACAUUUGUUGCUACCUUCCAUGUCUCAUUCAAUUGUACAUGUUGCAGCGCCAGGGCCAAAAGUUAAGGCGGCUAUCAAACCUUUUCGGUUGUCGUGACCCUGAGUAUGUAUCACCAGAACGGUCUAGGUCAGCGACACCAUCAGAUCCCGCUUCGGGGCAGGGCCAUGGUGAACCUUUCGAGGAUGAGGACGUGGGUGUGGUCACCCAAGAGGUUGCUGAUGAUAUGACCGUGGGGAGGUACCAGGCUCGGUCUGCAUACGAGUUGAAGCCUAGGACGGGAAUCAACAAGUACACACCUGAAGACUUCACCCAAAGAGGCCAAAGAGGCAAAAGGACGGUCGGCACCUCGCGGAUGGCGGCUUUGGAUGACUAUUUGGAUGACGUGGACGAACCGGAGCCGGAGCGGGUUCCUCUUCCUAGGAAGGUGAAGAAGAUAAGCGUCAAGAGGGGGGAGGAGCCAGCGAGCGUGGAAAGCACUAGUCAUCGUCAUUUUUUUUAUAAUGUUGAACUUAGAGUGGAAUUUGUUAUGUCGUUGAACUUGGAGUGGUCGUACCUUUUAGUAAUGUGGAAUUUGUUAUGUCGUUGAACUUGGAGUGGUGGUAGCUCUAUGUUAAACUUGAACUUAUUGUGAUGGUCCUUUGUAAGAAAUGAUGUCUGUGGUGAA